CAUUUCUAUCGUGAAGCGUAGCUACUCGCUCGGCCGCGACAUUUUUUCUGUAAAAUCGUGCGGGUAUUCCCGUAAGCUUUGCAAAAUAACGCGACGCAAAAGGAUGAUACACUCCGGGCGCACCAGGCUCGAGAAAAAAGUAAGUCGCGUGGGCGUGGGAGGAGGGGGCCAGGUCGGGCAAGGGGUACAAGCGGUUGAGGAUUCCGGUGCAAGCGGUCAAUGGUGGAGGCAACAGCAUCCAUCGUAUCACCAUCAUCAUCAUCAUCACCAACAUCAUCACCAUUACCAUCAUCAGGCCGGUUAUUAUACGUCGCAAUCGCACACUCACAACAACCCUGUAACGACCAUGAAGCAGUCUUACAUGCAGCUAACAUGGGUGUUUCAUGACGACGAGGCGCAGAUUAAUAAGAAACUGCCAAAAGAAUUGCUGCUUAGAAUUCUUUCGUAUCUCGACGUGGUAUCGCUAUGCCGGUGCGCGCAAGUAAGCAAAGCCUGGAACGUGUUGGCGCUCGACGGAUCCAAUUGGCAAAGAAUCGAUCUCUUCGAUUUCCAACGAGACGUGGAGGGACCAGUUAUAGAAAAUAUAUCGAGACGAUGCGGAGGUUUUCUAAAGCAGCUGUCUCUCAGGGGAUGCCAGAGCAUCGGCAACAAUUCGAUGCGCACGUUGGCUCAGUCCUGCACCAAUAUCGAGGAACUGAAUCUUAGCCAAUGUAAAAAGAUCUCGGACACUACCUGCGCCGCCCUAAGCAGCCACUGUUCGAAACUUCAACGACUAAACUUGGACUCGUGUCCCGAGAUAACGGACAUAUCCCUGAAGGAUCUCUCGAAUGGUUGUCCGCUUCUCACUCACAUCAAUCUGUCCUGGUGUGAGUUACUUACCGACAAGGGAGUCGAAGCGUUGGCGAGAGGUUGUCCGGAACUCCGUAGCUUUCUAUGCAAAGGCUGCCGACAGUUAACAGACAGGGCUGUCAAAUGUCUCGCCCGCUACUGCCACAAUUUGGAAGCGAUCAAUUUGCACGAAUGCAGGAAUAUAACGGAUGACGCAGUCAGAGAACUCAGUGAACGAUGUCCACGAUUACAUUAUGUUUGCCUGUCGAAUUGUCCUAAUCUAACGGACGCGUCUUUGGUCACGCUGGCGGAACACUGUCCACUCCUUAGCGUGCUCGAAUGCGUGGCUUGCACUCAUUUCACCGACACGGGCUUUCAGGCUCUCGCCAAAAAUUGCAGAUUACUAGAGAAGAUGGACCUAGAAGAGUGCGUUUUAAUAACAGACAUCACCCUCGUUCACCUGGCCAUGGGCUGUCCAGGGUUGGAGAAACUGAGUUUGUCUCACUGUGAAUUGAUCACCGACGAUGGCAUCCGACAGUUGGCCAUUUCGCCGUGCGCAGCGGAACAUCUGGCGGUGUUGGAAUUGGACAAUUGUCCCCUCAUCACAGAUGCUAGCCUCGAUCAUCUUCUACAGGCCUGCCACAAUCUCAAGCGCAUCGAGCUUUAUGACUGUCAACUGAUCACCAGAGCUGGCAUACGUAGACUCAGAGCACAUUUGCCCAACAUUAAAGUCCACGCGUACUUCGCUCCAGUGACACCGCCGCCGAGCGCGGGAGCGUCACGGCAGCGAUACUGCCGAUGCUGCGUCAUUCUGUGAUUUCGCAUAAAAAUGACUCUGAUGCAAAUCGUCCGAUGUACCACGCUACCGGUGGACUUGUAAUUUCGAUGAUCGCCGAUACACGGCGAUCGUGGGACCUUCUCUCUUCCGGUUGCCAGACCGAGACUCUGGUUGCCAUUCGUCAACAGUGAGAACAAGCCUCGUCGGGAAUGAAAUCGCGAUUCCUUCGACAGAUAUACCAAUUCGACUCGCAACACACGCAACAAGUACAAAAGGACAGUACGUCACCGUCACCUAACUGAUACACACACACACACACACACACACACACACACACACACACACACACACACACACACACACACAAACCACCAGCUGCUGCUGCAAUUGUUACUAAUGUGUCGCUGCUACUACCGCUCACUAUAAAACUGUUUCUAUCACCGCUGUUCGACACUGUACAACGGUGUACAAUGAUAUCGUUUCUACUGGAACUCUAUUGAGUUUCGAUAGUACGUGCUUUGCUAAUAAUCGCCGUCGUUUCAUCACGCGCGUAAGACCAUUCAGCGAAGUAAAGGAAAAGAUAUUCUUGGAUUUUGUUGGCGGUCGUUUCGUUCCCGGAUUUCACACUUGUAGAGCAUCGAUUUUUCGAGAAAGUAAGAAACGGACAAAACAGGAAAAAAGAAAAAAGAAAGGAAACGGGACGACAAAGGACAAAGACGCUAAUAACAUUGUGGACGACGAAGAGGACGAUGACGACGCGUGCGAUAGAGCGGGCAAUUUUUUUAUCCAAGCGACACGGUCCGCUCCUAUACGGGCAAACGCGAUCGUACGUAUCGAUCGAGAGCCUGAAAUUUUCGCGGUCGGAUGUUCCACGUGAAACAAAACGAUAAGCAUAUAUACAUACGUAUAUGUAUUAUAUACAUACAUAUAUACAUAUAUACAUAUAUUUUUUUAGUACGACGCAUUCUCUCUUCUGCUAAACGUUAAUCGUCAAAGAAAAAUGUACGCGCAAUCCGUUCCGGGUGGUAACGGCAUACAGCAUGCGUCCAGUGAUCUUUUCUCGAACUCGAAAAGGGGAACGAAAAGAAAAAGGAAUGAUACGAAGGAGGGAAUGGAAAACGACGUCGCGUUAAAACGUGUUUCAAGCUGCGUAUAAAAGCCGUGCUAUUAUUCUAGACAUUCAAUUUCUAUCGAAGAUUCGUAUCUUUGUGUGUGCGUGUGUGUAUGUGUGCGUGCUGCGUGCGCGUGUGUAUGUGAGCGCACGCUUUCGUACGUGCAUGUGUAUGCGUGUGUGCGUGUUGCUGUAGCAGUUUCUCAAACGAACACUGCCUAUUAUAAAGUUAUUGAUAAAGAAAAAGAAGAAAAAGAAAAAAAGAAAAGAACACAAAGAAAACUCGACGAAGAAAAAAAAUGGUUUAAAAAAGAGAAAAAAAUAGAAAAGACACGAAACUACCAAAAAACAGAGAGAGACAGAGAGAAAAGAGAAGAAGACACGCGAGAAUCGUAGAGAUGAUCGCGGGUUGUUUGAAUCUCACCGCGAAACCAUAGAUCGACCCGUGUACCGUCGUUCGUUUUAAGCUAAAUAUAUACACAUUGUUCGUGAAAACGGACGAUACGUGUUUCUGUCUACCAAAACCGAAAUUCUCGAUCUCGCACACGCGACUGGUAACUGCGACACCUACGAAUUUCUUUCUUUUCCUUUUAAUGAGACCGGCGUGCACAUCGCGAGAUUUAACACACCUAACGAGAACGGAAACGUGAAACUUAGAUGAAUCCGGCACGGUUGUUGACUUCGCUUCUUCUUAGGGAAGAACCGAAGAGAAAACGACAAGAAAGAAAAGGAAGAAGAAGACAGGAGGGAAAGAAAGACAAAGAUGCGAUGGUCUGUCGUGUUCGAAGCUCCCAUCUAAUUACUGUUGGCGUCCGUUGGUAGCACGUUUAUGAUACAUUUACAAGAACUCGCAGACGAACGGCUAAAUACACGGACAACUGGUUCUGUUCGCGAGUCGCGCUUAUUGAGUCUCUAAUGUACUAUGUUCCACCUCCUAACGACCCAAACAUUCAUAUAUACAGCUUUUUAUUUUCUUUUUUUUUCAUCUCCUUUCGUUUUAUUAUUAUUUUGUUCGUAUUUUAAUUCGUCAUGGACUAGGAGAGCACAGACUGAGAAAACGAAUCAAAACGUUGAUACGUUGAAUAACCCGAUUCACUUGGGCCCAGCGAUCGACUCGCUGGCGGAUUCUUACUUUUUAAGCUUAGUUUUAUGGUAUGGUGGCAGUACGAGUACCGUGGACGUAUUACGCACGUUCCCGUGACCAUAUGUCGUGGACGUGUCAGUACUAAGAAAUUCGUUUGCUUCGCGAUCUUCGAAUCGUGAGUACAUAUAGUUAUAUAACAUAUGAAGAAAGAACGAGAAAGAGUCGGACUAAUUCGAAAUAAAACAAAAUAGAAAUAUAAAAAGAGGACAGAAUAGAACGGUACACGAAACAAAGAUGUAUUUGUUCCCGUUCGUUGGAAAAGAAAAAAGAAGAGGAAGAAAGAUCGAGAUUAACAUUUGAUAGGAUAUUUGUCGUUUGGAAGUAUGAGGUUCAGGAUGGCAAAGCGUAUACGUAAUAACAAUUAACUGGCGAAGAAAAUUUUGAUCACGUCUUCGUGUCGCAUGAGUAAUAGAACAAAGAAGAGGAAAGGAGCUUUUUUCGAUUAUGAGAAAGUUCUCAUGACAGAACAUUCAACUUUUAAUUCCAACAGCUGGAAACAACGCGGAAACGACAGUCAAACGUUCGUAUUUUUCUCGCAUUGGUAGCCAGGAUGUCUGAUUGCUAUGACGAUGAAGGUUUUCGCGUUGCCUGAAUUGGCGGAAUGUUCGAUUAUUGAGACAAAA